UUGUUAUAAAGUUAAAAAUGUUGGCAGAUUUAAACGAUUUUGUUUACAAACAAGUGUUGGGAGGUGAUCCAACACGCAAAUCUUUGUUUAUUUUGUUGGAGAAAGGGGAGGAACAAGCUGUUUUGAUUUGCAAUAAAGAAGCAUUUGAAGAAGAUGACAAUUUAAUCCCAAAAUGGCUCAAAAGUGCAAAAUUACACUUGUUGACGGAAAAUGAUAAAUAUGGAAAUUAUGAAAUGGCUGUGGAUCCGGAAUUGAAUUGCAAGUUUUCUUUUAGUUUUUUUAAAUUUUAUUCAAAAUAA